AUGGAGCACUUUUCUAAGGGUGAAAAGGCUGCAAAGAUUAUGUUUGGAUACUCAGCACUUCAUGUUGCCUUUGAAAAGGAGGAAAUUGACAAACUCCAAAAGAAAUUGAAGGAGCUGCAAGGAGAGGUGCACAAUCAUGAAGAAUACAGCUUGUUGCCAACGCAAACUGCCACUUCACCAAAGAAGUGUUUUGCUGAACCAAGAUAUCCAGAGCUGCAAAUUCCAGAGCACAUUGUCCAGUUCUCAAUUUCACAAAUUAGGAAAGCGACCAAUAACUUCCACUCAGAAAAUAUCAUUGGAGAAGGCGGAUAUGGGCCAGUGUACAAAGGAGACCUAGAUGGCACGCCUGUGGCUAUCAAGUCAUUGAGACCUCAUGGUACACAAGGUUUCUCAGAGUAUCAGCAAGAGGUAAUAGUGCUGAGCAAAUUGGAGCAUCCACACAUUGUGAGGCUGAUUGGCGUCUGCCAGGAGUCGUGCACCCUCGUGUACGAGUACCUCCCCAAUGGCACCCUCCUAGACAGGCUCUCCAAGGGGCUCCCGUGGGAGGACCGCGUGAGGAUCCUCGUCGAGCUGCGGUCCGCGCUGGCGUAUCUCCACUCUCACCGCCCCAACGCCAUCAUCCACGCCGACCUGAAGCUGACCAACGUCCUCCUCGACGCCGGCGACGCCAGCCGGCUGGGAGAUUUCGGGACGGCGCGGAUGGUGCACGUGAAGCCGCUUGAGGAGGAGACCAUCAUCCGGCGCACGAACCCGAUGGGCACUAUGGGGUACAUGGACCCUGUGUUCUUCACGACAGGCGAGCUCACCACGGAGUCGGACGUGUACGCGUUCGGUGUGGUGAUCCUGCAACUUCUCACGGGGCUGGAUGGCCUCAACGUCGCCGAGAAAGUGCGAGGGGCGGUGAAGCUGCACAGCUUGCUGGACAUGUCUGCCGGACCCUGGCCGGAGGUGGACUCCGAGCGACUUCUCAAGCUGGCGCUGAGGUGCUGCAGCCUGGAGAGGAAGCAGCGGCCAGUGAUCACAUGCGACGCCGAAUGGAGGUUUCUCCAGAUCCUAAGGGGCAAGGCAGCACCAGCUAAGAAAGCUCGGAAAUGGAAUUGCUUCGCAUUCUGA